AUCACUAUAUUGCAUUCAAGAUUUCAUUUUUGCAUCCAUCCAUGGUGUCUUUACGCUUCCCCUUCUCGUUUCCUCAGCCCUCAAUGCCUCCUCACAGCUCCCAUGUCUCUUCUCGUUCCUUCUCUGGAGCAGCCAUGGCGGGGUCUGUUGCAGCUGCAGUCGGUGUUGGGAUCGGAAUGGGUCUCGCCAUUUCUCAUAAAAUUAAAAACCAGAAAGACCCAUUUCUCCAGAAUGCACUGGAUUUCUUCUUCUCCAAUUACCGACCCAAUUGCUCUUCUCCCAUGUGGGGUUCUCUUUCCUUGGCAGAUAAUACCACCGAAGCUGUUGAAUCGAAAACUGGUGCUUCAUUUCCCUCCGUUUUGAGCGACACACAACAACUGCUUGGGAUUGGGUUGCGGAAGAAAAGUAUACUUGGAUUAAAGAACAUCGAUGUCUACGCUUUCGGUGUUUAUGCUGAUUAUACUGACAUGAAAAACUCUCUGAGUGAAAAAUAUGGGCAAUUUUCUGUCUCUGAAUUGAAGCAAAACAAAGAGUUCCUUGAAGAUGUUCUUGAAAAGGAUAUACGCAUGACUGUUAGGCUUCAAAUAGUUUAUGGAAGACUAAGUAUUCGUUCUGUACGCAGUGCUUUUGAGGAGUCUGUAGGAAGUAGACUUCAAAAAUUUGGGGGACCAGAUAACAAAGAAUUACUUCAGAGAUUCACCUCCCUAUUUAAGGAUGAAUAUAAAAUACCACGGGGAUCAGUGAUAGAACUGUCAAAGGAACAGGGCCAUGUAUUAUGCACAAAAAUUGAUGGAAAUGAUGUUGGGUGCAUUCAGAGCAAACUACUGUGCUGGUCAAUUUUAGAUCUUUAUAUUGGUGAAGACCCUUUUGACGUAAAAGCCAAAGAAGAAAUUGAACUCAGUUUGGCGUCUCUCCUUCAGAACUAGGUAAUUUGGCCAUAGGAUGGAAACUGGUAAAGGCAUUAGCAGUUCUAUCUGACAUGGAAAUAUGUAGCAUUAAGAAGCUUUUACUCCAUCUAAGUUAAUCGAUCCUUUCUUGCCUUGGCAAAAUGGACUGCUGCAAGCUAUUAACAGUGACUGUAAGGGAAAAAAAGGUAUAGACAUAAAAGGGCAGCCCAGUGCAUGAGGCUUCCCCCAAUGUAGGGUCUGGGGAGGGACAAAUGCACGCUGCCUUACUCUGUAGUCUGUACAUACAAAGAGGCUGUUUCCAAGAUUUGAACUAUGGUCCCCCAGGUUGCAAUGUAGCAAACCUACCAUUGCGCCUUGGACAUCCAUCAGUUUAAUUCAUGUAUUACCAGAUACUUUCCUGCCUUGGGAAUGGAUUGCUAGAUUUGUCAUCUAACAAACGAGAUGUAGACAAGCGUGUAGCAGUUCGGGUGAUGGCCCAAGAAGAUUUUACCUGUUGAUCACAUCAUCUUCUAUUCUUGUGGUAGCUUGUAGUCCAGCAUCUCCAUUCGACAUGGAAAAGGGAAACACUUAUGCAUAAUUUUUAACAUUAAGAAAUUUUGGGGUUCUGCCUGUGACGAGGAUCCAUCCCUCCAUGUGGCUAACGAUAGAGAUUAUCUAGCAAAAGUCAUAUUUGAUUGUCUAGCACUAGAUCAAAUUUUCCAUUAUUAUGCUUUGGGUGCCUUUUCUUUAUAGGUAAGCAAACAAUUUAUUGUCUGAUUCAUUA